UGACUAAGUACGGCUCAUCCCGUGCUUGGCCUGCAGCUAAUUCUCGAUCGUACCUGCGCCUAUAUAAACUCCUCGGAGCAGCUUGAUCAGUACCGAGCACGCACGGCAAUUCAGGUGCAAAGCUAGGCUAGCAAAUACUUGAGCCGGCAGGAGGUCUAGCAAUGGCAAACGCCAAGCUUGUAGUCGUGGGCGUGGCCAUGCUUGUGAUCCUGCUGCAGGUGUCGACGUGCGCUGUGGCCCGGCACCACGCCAAGCCGGACCCGUGCGUCGGCCCCGACGACUACGUCUCGGGCAUCCUGCAUAAGCACAAGAAACCGCACUGCCCCUCGCCGGGCGGCAGCGGCGGCGGUGGCGGCACCCCAGGCGUGAUGACUGUGAACGGGUUCCAGAAAGGCGAGGACGGCGGGGCGCCGUCGGAGUGCGACGGCAAGUACCACAGCGACAAGGACAUGAUCGUGGCGCUGUCGACGCGCUGGUACGAGGGCGGACGCCGGUGCGGCAAGAUGAUCCGGAUCACCAGCAAGCACAACGGGCGCACCGUGGAGGCUAAGGUGGUGGACGAGUGCGACUCCAAUCACGGCUGCAAGACCAACAUCGUCGACACCUCCGAAGCCGUGUGGAAGGCCCUCGGGCUCGACAGCAACAUCGGCGAGGUGCCCGUCACAUGGGCCGACGCCUGAGGCCAUAUUCCCGGCCGGCCAUGCAUGGAUUCCAGAUUGCUCGAAGCGAGUCACGUACGAUGUGCGUGGAAGGAAAAGUUCUCUAGCUGUUUCCUGGCCUUGGGUACGUACGUGUGUAACUCUGUAUACGUUUGGAGUGCGAGUGUGUCGUUGUCGAUCUCGAUGGGCAGGUAGCUUGUCGAGUAACGUCGUUGCAGAAUAAAACUACCUGUCUGCGGAUGGUAGUGCGGGUUUAUCUUGUACUAAGAGCCACGCGUGUGUACGUGUCGAUCGGUGUGUGUCUCAGUUUACUAUUGCUGUUUUCUG